CGAGAGGCCGUAGUGUGGAUGGCUGUUCGCCAUAAGCAGAAGAAGGCCUUGGAGUUCUUCUCCAGAGAGAUCGCUCCUGCAGGCACUGGCAUGGCCCCUGGACUUACAGGAAUAGUGGGUGGGCGACCAAGAGUGUCCCCAGUGCUGAAACCGUUUUUCUUCUUGUAUCCUAAGACAAAGCUGAAGGUGGACAUUCACAUCAAUGGGGAGUUCACAGAGACGUACGAGGGGGAGGACCUGUUCCUCCACGAAGGCCAUUCUCCUGCUCACAGGCAGGAGGAAGAUAGCACAGCCCUCUCAGAUCUGCCAAUCGGGCCACACAGUUACAGACUGGAGGAGCUGGCCUUCACCAGGAGCGGAGACAAGGGGGACACUGCCAAUAUCGGUGUCAUAGCGCGGCACCCGCUCUACUACCCCUACCUGAAGAAAGCCCUGACGGCCAGCGUGGUGGAGGAGUACUUCCAGCACCUCAUACAGAAAACCGAUGACGACACGCCUUCAGUCACACGAUACGAGCUGCCCGGAAUCCAAGGCCUGAACUUUGUCCUGAGGAACUCUCUGGGUGGGGGAGGGGUGGCCUCUCUCCGCAGCGACCCUCAGGGCAAGGCAUACGGACAGAUGCUGUUGGACUACAAAUUGAAAGGGUUACCUGAUCUGAAGUCACUGGUGGACUGAACCGGAAAAAAAAAUGGCUGUCAGUGGAAUCGUGACGCAUGAAUGGAUUGUUGUGUAAUAUCGUGGGGCCGGAUAUAAACCACUUGUGCCUUUUAUCACAAGAGUGCCCUCUAGACUCAUUAGCAUGGGAGUCGUUUUGUCAUGCAGCUGUGUGCUUUUUGCAGUGCCUACCACAAUCCCAAACCUCAGGUGGGAAGUGGCUGCCACAGAUUCCUCUGUCGGAUGGAAUGGCCAGACUGAUGCAUUAUGCUGGGAGUACGCUUCUUCACUAAUCUGAAUGACAUGAAAUAUGCACUACAGAAUAUGCACUGCCUCUGAGUUACUGCAUGUGAAGUCAAAUUGCACCAGGGUCCAUCUCUUGUAAUAAUUUUCAGUGAUUUUUUUAAAGCCUUGUUUUGAAAAGGCUUGAAAUGUAACUGUGGUGAUAGUAAAAACAAACUAAUUUUACGAGUUAAUAGUAUUUGUAGAUGGUAAAACACACAAGGCAUUUCUAAAUAUAGUACCAGGGAAACAAGGUCCCUAACCAUUGAGUUUGUAGUCUGAAUUUUUUGUGUCCUUGACAUUUACACUUGUCUUAAUAUUGUGUCCAAACACAUCUUUUUGGUGAGUAUGGCAACAGCUGCCCCCCUCUGAACAGUGACCUCUGUUACUGCCCUUGACUUCUGACCUUUGAUGUUCUCGAAUGACAGUGCCCAUGUAAAGUAAUAUACGAUUUUUAACUUUACUGCAUUUUAUACAUAGACAUUCUAUUGAUAUAGAUUUGAGGCUUUUUUUCAAUUAUAUUUCAUUUAUUAAUAAACUGACGAGAACAAUUAUGUGUUCA